UAAAUGUCCCCGCUGCCGUUAAGCUAUCAGUUAGCCGACGGAGUCAUGUAAAUAGCUUAACGAUCGUAUGGGAUGUCAGCUUGGAUUGAAUUGUUUUAUGAGCGCCGGAUCGUUUUUAGUUGACACCCGGAUAUUUGUCUAAAUAUAAUGGACACCAUGAGCUGUAUGUGAAGGUCGUUACUGUGUUUUUCAGUAAAAAAAAAAAAAAAAGAAUUCAUCAGGUUAGCUGCCUCGGUGGACUUGUUAGCCAUCGCGGCCAUAAGGAGCAGGACAACAAACGCCGAGUCGAGCCCACAAGUCGGCGAGUCGACGUGCCACAUUUCUGCCACCGUCAUAAUGGAGAAGGCUGAUUUCUUAAAAGGACUUCCAGUCUACAAUAAGAGCAACUUCAGCAGAUUCCACGCAGACUCCGUUUGUAAAGCAUCCAAUCGAAGGCCCUCUGUUUACCUUCCAACACGGGAAUACCCGUCUGAACAGAUUAUUGUAACAGAAAAAACCAACAUCCUCCUGCGUUACCUGCAUCAGCAGUGGGACAAAAAGCAGAAUGCAGCAAAGAAAAGGGAACAGGAACAAGUGGAGGGGGACAGCCCGGCGCCCCCCAGGAAAAUCGCCAGGACAGACAGCCAAGAGAUGAACGAGGAUUCCUAAAGUGCGCGCGCGCUUGUGUGUGUGUGAGAGGAUGAGGAUACACGUGUGCACAUACAGGGUGUAGCCAAUGUGAUAUGAACACAGGAAAGGUUAGGUGAACCUGAAUUAAAACAUGUGGUAGCUGUGAAAAGAGAUGCACUGAUCAGGAUUUCCCUGGCUUGACUGUGUUGAGAUUGAGUCAAAAUCCAUCUUAAUGUAUGUUUUUUUUUAUUAUUAUUAUUAUUAUUUUUGGCUCCGAUUGACAGAACAUGUCGACUCCUCCCCCUGUGAGCCUGUAAGCGUUUCUGUGGAUGCGUGCGAGCGACUUUUCCAGUGCGCAGGUUUAAACCGGAGACGGGCAGGAAGCUAAACGUGUUUAGUUCUCAGUCACCGUGGGGAAGUGCGCUUUUUGUUUACGCCGUUAAUUUUAUGACAACUCGUCGUCUGCCGAGCCAGCCGCAGCGCCCGCUCGUUCACUGCCCACUUUUUUAACCCCACUGGGGGGCGCUUCAGCUCCUCGGUGACCCCGCAAAACCAAGAGCGCACUGUGAGGAGGAGGAGGAGGAGGAAGAGCACAAAGAAGAGUCCCUCCCCAUGAGAUGUGUGAGUUUGUCCAGAUCCGCUUUAUUUUCUGGGACUUGUUCUCAUAGGAUUCAGGUCGUUCAUCCGUCUGAGACGCCCUUUUUUUUUUUUUUUUACAUCUAGCAUUUCGUCGACUGCGGCUAUAGAAACAUGGGAUUUUCUUAGAGGAAGGAAUUCGGAUACAUUCAGAUGCACAGACCUGCAAACGGCACAGAUGGUUAAAAAAAAAUGGAAUUACAUGAGAGGAAGGGUGAAGAAUGAUUUUAAUAGUUUUUUUUUAUUUUUUUUUAUGUAAAUAAUCGCCAUCGGUUAGUUUAUGUUUGUGUUCUCCUGAAUAAAAACCCAUACCCAUAGUGUAGGAAAAGAAGCGCCCCGAUGCCCUGUGGAUGUUAUCUUUGCUUGCAUGUUGUUGUUUUCACAGCUGGAUGUUAUGUUACAGAACCAAACGGGUGUUGUGGUAUCUAUCAGCCUAGAGGCCUUACGACUUCUCAUCGUAGUUCGGAUCUCCUUUAGCUCCCCCCCCGGCUUGGCUGCGUUCUGCGUCUCCCGGCCUCCCUGGGGGCUUAGUUGGAGGUCCGGCGUGAAUAAUGGCAGAGUGGGAUUAAAAAGGGAUGUUGUGGCGCGUGCGGCCACAGAACGCACGUCGAGCAGCAGCGUUCGGUCCAAGUCCUGCUUUCACUUUAUUCUGGUGUCAUGAACUGCAGCGCCGCAAUGAAGCUUCUUGUCCUUAUCACUGCCCAACAGUCACGUCGAAGCCUCCUGAUAUUUUAUCAACCGAUGCAGCAGUGUAGAUAUGCAUUUUUUUUUUUUUUUAAAUCAUAAAACAUGUUAUGCUUCUGCUCUGAUAGACUGUUCAGCUCCACCCUAGGCCUUGCUCCCAUACAGUGUGUUUGAUCAGAUGUUCAGUUAAGCUUUGCCUAAAUAAAGCUCGACUGAAACCUGA